AUGUCUGUAGUUGAGAAUUUUUCUUCGGAACCAAAAGCCAAAAGACGAAAGAUCGAACCAACGAUCAACGAGUCCUCUUCAUCGUUAUCCUCUUCUAGUAGUUGUGGUCACUGGUACAUCUGUCACGGAAUCUGCAUCGGCUGCAAAUCGACUGUGAAAAAAAGCCAAGGCCGAGCAUUCGAUUAUAUUUUCGACGGUUUACAACUAAGCCACGAAGCUGUGGCGUUAACCAAGUGCUUUACAACGAAAUUAUCUUGUCUCAACGAGAAGAAGCUUCACCUUGUACUUGACUUGGACCACACGCUUCUCCAUACUGUUAUGGUUCCAAGUCUCUCCCAAGCAGAGAAGUAUCUAAUCGAAGAAGCGGGUUCAGCAACAAGGGAUGAUUUAUGGAAGAUCAAAGCCGUAGGAGAUCCCAUGGAAUUUUUGACAAAGCUACGACCUUUUCUUCGCGACUUCUUGAAAGAAGCCAACGAGUUUUUCACCAUGUAUGUUUACACUAAGGGUAGUCGUGUAUACGCUAAACAAGUCUUGGAGCUGAUUGAUCCAAAGAAACUUUAUUUUGGAGAUAGAGUGAUAACAAAAACCGAGAGUCCUCAUAUGAAGACACUUGAUUUCGUUUUGGCUGAGGAGCGUGGGGUGGUGAUUGUGGAUGAUACGCGUAACGUUUGGCCUGAUCACAAGAGUAACCUAGUGGAUAUAAGCAAGUACAGCUAUUUCAGACUCAAAGGCCAAGACUCAAUGCCUUACUCUGAGGAGAAGACAGACGAGAGUGAAAGCGAAGGUGGAUUGGCGAAUGUUUUGAAACUACUCAAGGAAGUUCACCAAAGAUUCUUCAGAGUCGAGGAAGAAUUGGAGUCGAAGGACGUUAGGUCGCUGCUUCAAGAAAUAGACUUUGAACUCAACGUAGAAUCUGUAGAAUGA